AAAACAAUUAUUUAGUUCUGGCUCAGUUUUGCUCUUUAAUGUAUUUACAUUUACCAUUUAUUAACGAAGUGUCAGUUGACUAACAUAAAGUGGCUAACUCCCGUAAGGGAAUUGAAGACAGAAUAUCUGUAUUGAUUGCAGGACUACACAAUAAAGAAUCGGAUUGCGGUUCUUCUAGCAUGAUGCCUUUCGAUUAUACGACGUAUUCAUCGAAUAUGGAAAACGAGGUGAAAAGAAUGUUGCUCCCACAAGUAGAAACAGAUAACAAGCGACACCAAGGAGCAAUACCCAAACAAAGCCGUCCAAUGCCAGCAGAGACUAUACACGAUAGUAUUGCGACUACCGAACCAACCCGGCCGAAAAUGAAACGAACGUUGGAAUUCAACAAACUUGAGCAAACCUGUGGUUCGAACAACGAGUUAAGUACACUAAGUCUUGCAUCCUUCUUGUUAACCACGUCAUUGUCUUCGGAUCCUGGUCAAUCGGGCACAGUGUCCGCCUUAAGAUUAAGUCGCAACUCAGAGACACGAACUGCCCGUAAAAGGCGCGGUCCAUUGAAUCCAUGUUCAAUCAGGCGGCAGCGUUUUUCGCGUGAGAGAAGUCGAGAGGACAACGUUGUACCGCUUACUGCUUUAUAUGGAUUGAUAUCGAACGAUUUGGUUACCCAUCCUAAUGACACCGUCGAGGCGACGGUGCCUUACUUACGGGACGAGAAAGUGCGCUGGCUCACUUACACCAUCGACGACAAAAGAGGCGUUGCCACGGCUGCCCACGUUCCUCCCAAUAACGAGAAAUUGUUAAACACGUUACUACGUCAACAGCUUAAUCAAAAUUUACAUUACGACGCCAAUUGGGAAUUACUGGAUUCGCUGAGCAACAGUUAUAGCAGUUUAUCUUUGAAUUCUCCCGACUUGAGUGUUAUAAUAGACACGCCUCCAGUUUUGUCCAGUCCAGAGAGCAAUCAAACGAAGGCGCAGAACUCGUUAUCAUCGAAUCCAGUAGAAACUUCGGAACGCGAUCAAUUCCAUCAAAAUAAUGGGAAUUCCAUUCAAUGCGGCGUCGAGGCUAUGGAUCGAGAUCAAUUUCAUCAAGAUAUAUUGACCCGAAUUGAGUCGAUGACGGAGAGGAAUCAACGAUUACGGAACAUAUUGGGAUAUUUUAAUUUGAAUAUUUACCCGGCAGACUCGAAUCGCCGUGCAAGAUCCGCGUUAACAUUGCAAACGUGUGCGGUUGGUGAUAUAAAUACGAGUUUGUCUUGGAAUCGACUUAUCGGUAGUUUAGGCGGAUCCGAAUCCAAGCCUAAACAGUCAAGAGAAGAUAAACAAUAUUAUUACAAAUGGAAAGUUGGAAAAUUGCCGCAUGUCAAAGUGCGAUUCGAUCGUUUAUUUUUGUUGGCCUUGUUAGAUCGAAACCUGACAAUUUUUGAAACCAUCGUUUCGACGUUCUUAGCUGUGGCUGUCGCAGGAUUGGGCUUGACACUGCUCCAUCAAGGAUUCUACCGUGACAUAUUCGCGUUCAUGUUUUGCUUCGUAACCGCCGGAUGUCAAUAUUCAUUAUUAAAAUCUGUGCAGCCCGAUGCCGCCUCACCGACGCACGGGUUCAACCGUAUUAUAGUAUUUUCACGACCCGUCUAUUACAUAUUAUGCUCAGGAUUCAUAUUGAUCUUCAACGAAUCGUUAAGAAACUUUAAAGCGUCCGAGUUCCGAAUAUAUGGCUUGCGAAUUACUGAUUACGAUGUCAUAUUACAAAUUCGUAACGUUUUAUUAAUUUUCCUUUUGUGCUUCCCUAUUAUUUUCUCGUUAGGCCUGCUGCCUCAAAUCAAUACUUUUCUAAUGUAUCUCUGCGAGCAUAUAGACAUUCAUCUAUUUGGCGGGAACGCAACUACGAGUUUAGUGUCAUCGAUUUAUUGCCUUUGCCGUAGCAUCGUCACCGUUGUUAUAUUGUACGGGUUUGCUUAUGGAGCGCUUACAGAGCCUAAAUCCUCGCAGCAUAUUUUAUUUUCCAUUUUUGCCGGCUUAUUAGUCGCCAUAUCGUAUCAUUUAAGUCGUUCGUCUUCGGAUCCUACCGUGAUAUGGGAUAUAGUUAAAACAAAUUUGUGGCCGCCGGAAAUUUAUACAGAAGAGAAGGAAGCGAAAAUUAUUGAGAACACGUCGCGAAGGGAAACUGUACCUACGACGUACAAAGAAGCGAAGAUUCGAACUUGUGGGAGGAAGAAACAUGUUAAGAUCAAAGUUGGAGAACAGAUGUCGGACACGGAAUUGGUAGACCCGCUACCAGAGAAGUUGCGAGCAACGGUGAAUGCAAGAUUGAAGAACGACUUGAUAGUCUGCGCAGUGAUCGGUACUUUGUCUUUUGGAAUUCAUUGUUCGACUGUAUUCACAGCUUUGCAACCGGAACUGAAUCCGGUUUUAUGGGGUAUAGCAAGCUGCCUCGGAUUUCUGUUACAUUAUAUUGUACCGCAGCUCCGUAAACAAUUACCCUGGCUGUGCUUAUCAAGACCCGUGUUACGCAGCCACGAACACGCACAAUUCGAAGUUUGCGAGCCAGUGAAAAUUAUGUGGUUUGAGAAAGCAUACGUUUGUCUCUGUUUUGUGGAAAGGAAUGUUCUCUAUCCGGUUGUAUUCCUGGGCGCGCUCACGGAAUGCUCUUCGAAGAUCGUUUCGAAAUUCGGCGAAAGCAUAGGAGCGUUGAUCAUAGUGGUAUGCGGAUUGAAGUCACUGAGAUCUGCAUACUCCGAUCCGUCGACGCGUUACCUGGUCCUGAUCUUCGCCGUUCUGUUUUUCAAGUUGGAUGUCCGAGACCUCAGUGAAACGUUCCUGGUCGAUUACUUCGUCACUGGAAUUGCGUUCGCGAAAAUUUACGAGUUACUAUUGAAGAUUAGAUUCGUGGUCACGUAUAUCGCGCCGUGGCAGAUUACUUGGGGCAGCGCGUUCCACGCAUUUGCUCAGCCUUUCUCCGUGCCGCAUUCCGCGAUGCUGUUCUUGCAAGCAGGAAUCUCGGCGAUUUUAAGCACACCGCUGAAUCCCUUUCUAGGCAGCGCGAUAUUUAUAUCGUCAUACGUACGUCCAGUGAAGUUUUGGGAGCGAGACUAUAAGACGAGAAGAGUGGAUCACUCGAAUACGCGGAUGUCCUCGCACUUGGAUCGAAAUCUCGGAGCUGAUGAUAAUAACUUGAAUUCGAUUUUCUACGAGCAAUUGACGAGAUCGCUACAGCACAGUCUUUAUGGUGAUCUCGCGCUUGGUCGAUGGGGAAACGUGGAACAAGGCGAUUGUUUUCUGUUGGCUUCCGAUUACUUGAACUGCCUGGUACACAUCGUUCAGUUGGGAAACGGAUUAGUUACCUUUCAGCUGAGAGGUCUGGAAUUUAGAGGAACCUACUGCCAGCAACGAGAAGUAGAAGCGAUCUCCGAAGGCAUCGAAGACAAUGGUAACUGUUGCUGUUGCGAAACGGGACAUUUUUCAAACGUUUUAAGCGUAAACGCGGCUUUUAGUCAACGAUGGCUGGCUUGGGAAGUUGCGAGCGCUAAAUACGUUUUAGAGGGAUACUCGAUCUCAGAUAAUUCUGCGGUCUCUAUGCUUCAAGUAUUCGAAUUUCGUAAAGUACUUGUUACUUAUUACGUGAAGAGCAUCGUCUUUUAUGCUGUAAAGUCGCCGAAGUUGAAGUAUUGGCUAGAGAAGACCGAUAUUUUGGAUGCACUGAAAAUAACGCUUGACAAGAACUUCGUUGACCUGGAUCCCGUUUUUAAUUUGAGCAUCCACGAAGAUUACGACAUACGCGCGUGUGGUAUCACAAGAAGCAGUUUCUGUAACAUUUAUUUAGACUGGAUUCAAUAUUGCGCUACUAAGCACGAUAAGACGCUUGACAAAUCAAGAAAUUCACCAUUGGUAUCCUUAUGCCUUGCUUUAAGCCUUCUCGGAAGGCGUGUUUUGGGAGCGAUAUCUCAUAACACAAUCUCCAGUGUUGAAUUUUUUCUCUAUGGUUUACAUGCUCUCUUUAAAGGAGAUUUUCGUAUAACAUCGGUCCGAGACGAAUGGGUUUUACACGAUGUUGACUUGCUUCGAAAUGUCGUCGCGAAAGGUGUAAGAAUGGCGUUAAAAUUGCAUCAAGAUCAUUUCAUGCAUCCGGAACAAUAUAGAGAAUUAUCUGCCUUGUACGAAGCUAUAGAUAGUCAUGAUAAAAAUCUGGUGAUUAGCCACGAAGCAGAUCCGCUUUGGAGAAACGCUGUUUUAAAUGGUGCUCCCAGUCUUUUGGCCCUCAGGCAUGUCCUUGACGAUGGUAUGGAUGAAUACAAAGUGAUAAUGCUUAACAAACGGUUCUUAAGUUUCCGAGUAAUUAAGAUGAAUCGUGAAUGCGUUCGCGGUUUAUGGGCUGGCCAACAGCAGGAAUUAGUUUACUUAAGGAAUCGAAAUCCGGAGCGAGGCUCUAUACAAAAUGCCAAACAAGCUCUAAGAAAUAUAAUAAAUAGUUCUUGCGAUCAACCGAUCGGAUAUCCGAUUUACGUCUCGCCGUUGACGACUAGUUACGCGGAGACGAACGAACAGUUGUGUUCAGUCAUUGGAGGACCGUUGAGUCUGGGUGUGAUUAAAACGAACAUCUUAAAAUUGUGGCAGAGUAUUAUUUAUAGAAUCAGAAGAAGAUGUGGUCAGGGUUGUUCGUCUGGAGGGACGGGCUCUCAAGAUGAUGGUGGCUUUGGAAACGAUGGGGUGUACGCAAUGACCACGUAUAACAUUCACAUAGGAUACGGACAAUCGGGUCACAACACGUCCGGUUCUCAAUCUAUUGAUUCCGGAUGUCAAAUCGGCGGAUCAACUGGCCGCGGCUCUUUAGGAAGAGCGAAUACCGGAUCCCUGGGUGGAAAUAGAGGAUCGUUGGCUUCGGUUGGGAAGCCUACAAGUUCGACGCUCGCUAGUUUGGCUGGUCUUCUCAGUAAUAGCGAUAUUAAAACUGAAACGAAAAGUGAAACGAGUUUCACGAGUAAACUAGAAAAGGAUGAAGUUUUGCAACGAGUACGCAUCAUAGAUCCUAAUCAAGUGUAUGAUGCUAUUAACUUGGGUCGCCGAAUAGACGUAAUUUGGCCGGACGAGAGAAUGAGGCUGCAAGGUGGUAGAUCCGGAUGGCAGCAUUGGGUACCAGAAAGAGGUAUGGAAGGGUGCGUCGUUCAUUGUUGGUUCCCCAAUCACCGCGAUCCUAAUCGACGAUCUCACGUAGAUAAAGUUAUUCUGCUCGUAAAAAUCGAUGACAAAUACGUUCCAAUAGCGGAACAAGGUGUAAAAGAUUUGGGGGCAGAAGUAUGAUGAAACAUUUUUAAACUUCCUCUGAUAAAACGCAUUAAAACGAAUUUUUCGUACGAUCACUUUUCAAAUUAUCACUGUUUCGCCAAUACCGAUGUAAAUGCAUUAAUAACGAUGAAUUCAUUCCAAUACGAAACUGUCUCUGACGGGAGGAAUAUUCGAAAAAUUGUACAUAAUGAAAGUCGGUCAGUUUUAACGCUCGUUUCUUAAUUCGAAUUACAAAAUAUAUGUACAUAUAUAUUACGCGUGUAAUGUAACAUGUAUGUGUGUAUAUUUUUACAUGUAGCUAGAAAAUACUCUUCGCUAUCCGAAUUUUCUAACAUUUUCUCAUUCUCUGUUACUCGUUCAAUCAUCCGUUCCUCUAUUCUUCUUCAAUAGCAACGAUUAUUCAAUAGGUGCAGUCUUCUUUUAAAACAUAAUCGAGACACGUGAAUUUGAAAAAUUCACGCGAGAAAUAAUUAGCGUUUGAUCAGUUAAAAUUAAACGAUUAUUAGUUCUCACACCUACUGGUGAGACUAAUAACGAUCGCCAAGUUAUUCAAUGCAAAAUAAAUUGUACCAUGUUGUAUUAUACUAUGUAUCAUAUAACAGUUAGAUGAUUUACUAGCGAUGGGAAGUAGGUGUUACUUGUUGUUAAAUAGCUAAAUUGUUAUAUAAAAAGUUGCGUGAAGUCGUGAAAUAAAAUACAAUUUUAACUCACACUCAUACGUGUUUAUGUUGCUUUUUUUGUUGCUAAUCAUUUUAAUAUUA